AAAUCAAGCAAAUCCGUCGCAUGUUCUCACAAGGCUCUCAUCCAUCAUUUCUACCACUCUGCAGUCAUCGAGGGGAUUCUCGACUUUCUUUCCUCUCUCUGCUCUCCUCCCUGUUCUCCCAUCUCCACCUGUCUCUUGCUCUUCGGCAUUUUCCCAAAACCAGGAUAAAGGCUGCCCCGUGUCUUAGGCUAAUCAAAGACAGGAAGGUCAAAGACAUUCGGAAAUAGUACGCUGAACCUGCGUUCCUGGCCUACGUAUUAAAAAAGACCCAUACACAAACGCGCGGUCCUAGGGGGAAAAAAGUCGAACUCGCGAACUCCGCUGCUUCAAGUUGCGCACAUUGAGAGACUCUUUGAAUCUUCUGCGGCCGAGUCUCUACCGACCUGUCCCUCGAUUGACAACCAUCACACUGAUUUCAACCCCUUUUUCGGAGCGCCCAUUCGAAAGUGGGCUUUCUACGUCUCACCUACCUCACUCGUGACACUAUAACCCUCACACGCUCGUCGCCAUGCGCUGGGGGCUCUUCUUCCUCCUAAUUCUCUUCUUCGCCGUCAUCGGCUGCAUCGGCUGGGUCAUAUACACACAAGUGCGCGCCCGUCGCGCUGGCCUACCACCUCCCACGUGGAAAUCAUAUAUCCCGUUCACAUCCGCCCCGGCUACAUAUCGAGAUAGCAGUUUCCCGUCUCCUCGUCGCGGUGGAGUCGUCGGGUGGGUAAAAGACAAGAUUGAGUCGUUGAGGAAUAAGCGCACGUAUCGCGGUGCGUAUGAGGAACCGACGACUGGUGGUCCGGGGCCAUACCGCGGCGCGGGUGCGGAUCACGACGAGGCGUGGGAUACUAGGGUGGGUGCGUUGGAGGAUGGGCCAUAUGGUCAUGCUCCAGGACCGUAUGGGCACUAUGACGAACAGGAUUUUGGGAGGACUCCGAGACGGGAACCAUAUGAUAGUGCGGGAUAUGAUGCUGGUCUCACAAGGACGGACGAGGAGCCCGAAAGAGGGAGAAGUCGCAGUCGGGAUCCAGGACCGCCGCAGGAGGGACUGAAGCUUGGAGAUACAGGAAAGCCGUUGGAAAACCCUUUUGAAGACCACAAUGCGAGCAGUUUGAGAGAUGUAAGUCCUCGGCUGGAGCCGGACCCUCAAACUGGGAAAUGAAUUAUGGAAACUUUGGGUUUUUGAUGAAAGUUUAAUGGGUCUAUGGGCCUUCUUGAAGCAUUAAUGGACUGUAUAGUGGCUCAUAAGAGACGAAUUUUGUAUGCACAUGUCUUAUGCCUGUUCAGGCCAUUCUUAUAUGAUAUGGGGGGCCGUUUUUGGUUUGAUAGACAGGCUGGCUCCAUGGGUAUCAUAACGUUAAUUUGGCAGCUGGCGUUUGUUUUAGGGCGUAUCAAAAAUUUAGUCAAUACCUUCAAGCAUCUCAUAUGGGUUAUUGGUCUUUUUUAGCCGUUUUGGUGGCUGCUCUUCGUUCCGAUCUCUCGCUUUUUUGACACAAUCUAUGUCAUCGUCACUGGCAUUUUUGGGAUUGAUGUCCUCGUCAGGAAAAUGGCCUUCAUUUUGCUCCCUGAUAGAGAAUAAUACAGCCACUGCAUUCUUGA